AUGCCGGGCAACUGUUACUACAACACCUCCAUCACUCCUAUCUGUUACUACAACACCUCCAUCACUCCUGUCUGUUACUACAACACCUCCAUCACUCCUGUCUGUUACUACAACACCUCCAUCACUCCUGUCUGUUACUACAACACCUCCAUCACUCCUAUCUGUUACUACACCACCUCCAUCACUCCUUUCUGUUACUACAACACCUCCAUCACUCCUGUCUGUUACUACAACACCUCCAUCACUCCUAUCUGUUACUACACCACCUCCAUCACUCCUUUCUGUUACUACACCACCUCCAUCACUCCUUUCUGUUACUACAACACCUCCAUCACUCCUAUCUGUUACUACAACACCUCCAUCACUCCUGUCUGUUACUACAACACCUCCAUCACUCCUGUCUGUUACUACAACACCUCCAUCACUCCUAUCUGUUACUACACCACCUCCAUCACUCCUUUCUGUUACUACAACACCUCCAUCACUCCUGUCUGUUACUACACCACCUCCGUCACUCCUUUCUGUUACUACAACACCUCCAUCACUCCUAUCUGUUACUACACCACCUCCGUCACUCCUUUCUGUUACUACAACACCACCUCCAUCACUCCUUUCUGUUACUACAACACCACCUCCGUCACUCCUUUCUGUUACUACAACACCACCUCCAUCACUCCUUUCUGUUACUACAACACCACCUCCAUCACUCCUAUCUGUUACUACAACACCACCUCCAUCACUCCUUUCUGUUACUACUACACCACCUCCAUCACUCCUGUCUGUUACUACAACACCACCUCCAUCACUCCUGUCUGUUACUACAACACCUCCAUCACUCCUUUCUGUUACUACAACACCACCUCCGUCACUCCUUUCUGUUACUACAACACCACCUCCAUCACUCCUAUCUGUUACUACACCACCUCCAUCACUCCUGUCUGUUACUACAACACCUCCGUCACUCCUAUCUGUUACUACAACACCUCCAUCACUCCUAUCUGUUACUACAACACCUCCAUCACUCCUGUCUGUUACUACAACACCUCCAUCACUCCUGUCUGUUACUACAACACCUCCAUCACUCCUAUCUGUUACUACAACACCUCCAUCACUCCUUUCUGUUACUACACCACCUCCAUCACUCCUGUCUGUUACUACAACACCUCCAUCACUCCUAUCUGUUACUACACCACCUCCAUCACUCCUUUCUGUUACUACAACACCUCCAUCACUCCUGUCUGUUACUACAACACCUCCAUCACUCCUGUCUGUUACUACAACACCUCCAUCACUCCUAUCUGUUACUACUACACCACCUCCAUCACUCCUUUCUGUUACUACAACACCACCUCCAUCACUCCUUUCUGUUACUACUACACCACCUCCAUCACUCCUGUCUGUUACUACAACACCACCUCCAUCACUCCUGUCUGUUACUACAACACCUCCAUCACUCCUUUCUGUUACUACACCACCUCCAUCACUCCUUUCUGUUACUACACCAGUGUUUGUUCUCACUAA